AUGCUGCUGCGCCUGCUGCUGGCCUGGGCGGCCGUGGUGCCCGCGCUGGGCCAGGCUCCCGGGGCCGCUGAGCCCCGCGCCCUCUGCGGCCCGGGAAGCUGCUACGCGCUCUUCCCGCGGCGCCGCACCUUCCUGGAGGCCUGGCGGGCUUGCCGCGAGCUGGGGGGCGACCUGGCCACGCCGCGGACCCCCGAGGAGGCGCGGCGCGUGGACAGCUUGGUGGACGCCAGCCCUAUCGGGGGGCUGCUGUGGAUUGGGCUGCAGCGGCAGCCGCGGCAAUGCCAGCCGCAGCGACCUUUGCGCGGCUUCACCUGGACCACGGGAGACCAGGACACGGCCUUCACCAACUGGGCCUUGCCAACCAUCAUCGGGUCCUGCCCGGCCCAGCGCUGCGCCGCCCUGGAGGCAAGCGGCGGGCAUCGCUGGCUCGAAGGCUCCUGCACACUGGCCGUCGAUGGCUACUUGUGCCAGUUCGGCUUCGAGGGCGCCUGCCCCGCCUUGCUGGAGGAGGAGGGACAAGCCGGCCCAGCCGUCUACACCACGCCCUUCCACCUGGUCUCCACCGAGCUGGACUGGCUACCCUUCGGCUCCGUGGCCGCCGUGCAAUGCCAGGUGGGCGGGGAGGCCUCUCUACUCUGCGUGAAACAGCCCGAAGGUGGCAUGGGCUGGUCUCGAGCUGGGCCCUUGUGCUCAGGGACUGGCUGCGACCUGGGCAAUGGGGGUUGCGAUCAUGAGUGUGUGGAGGAGGAAGAGGGGCACGUGUCCUGCCGCUGCUCCGAGGGCUUCCAGCUGGCAGAGGAUGGGCACAGCUGUGAGGAGGUCUGCGGCCAGGGUCAGUGCGAGCAUCGCUGUGAACUCGGCGGGCCACGAGGCUAUAACUGUGUCUGUAACCUGGGCUUCCGACCGUCUGAGGAAGACCCGCACCGCUGUGUGGACACGGAUGAGUGCCAGAUUGCCGGAGUGUGUCAGCAGAUGUGUGUCAACUACGUGGGCGGCUUUGAGUGCUACUGCAGUGAGGGCCAUGAGCUCGAGGCCGAUGGGAUUAGCUGCAGCCCCUCGGGAGCCCCGGGCCCCAGCAUCUCCCAGGACCUUGGACACGAGUUUCUGGACGGCAGGGAGGAUGCAGAGGCCUGGGAGACCAUCCACGGUGGAUGGACCGAGGUGCCGCCGAUGCCGUGGAUGGAGCCCACGCAGAUAAUGGACUUCGACCUGGCCUAUGGACCCAACUUCCCAGAGGCUCAAGAGCCAAGGAGGUCCUAUCCAGAGGCCACCUGGCCCCCUCCGCUCAGUGCUCCUCGAGUCCCCCAUCACUCCGCGGUGCUGUCUAUCACCAGGCCCAUGGUGAUCUCUGCCACACGCCCUACAGUGCCCUCUGCCCACCAGCCCCCCUUUAUAAUCCCUGCCAUUCACCCAGCUUUGCCUCCUGACCAUCAGUUCCCAGGAAUCUCAUCCAGCUAUCCAGAUCUGUCCCUUGCCCGCCAGCCCCCCAUUGUCUCUGCCCCUCGCCCAGCACAGCCUCCCACCCACAAGCUCCCUGUUAUCUCUGCCACUCGCCCAGCACAACCCCCCGUGCUUCAACCCCCCAUGGCUCAAGAUAGCCAGGUCACUGGCACCCAGACCACCACACAUUUGCCUCAAAUUCCAGCUAACCAUGCCCCAAGAGUUACUAUCCCAAGUGCCCAUCACACCCCUCAAGCCCCAGAUGUCCCGGUGCUCAGAGCCCAGACUACCCAGCUUCCCAAUACACCAACUGUCCUGCCCCCUCUGACCACCACCACCAGGUCCCCUCUGUCCUCUGCCCGUCAAGUCCCUGUGCCUGCUGCCACCCAGCCCUCAGCCCUUCCCAGUCCCCUACCCCCUCACCAACUGAACCCCACUAACCAGACCUCACUCACCAGCCCUAAAGACCCCCAAUCCAAAGCCCCUCAUAUCCCAAGGGAAGAUCCGUCCAACCCUAAGCAAGCCCAAUGGCAACCCUCAGUAACCCCCACAGCCGUCCCCACGGUGCAGGGGGAGGCCAGCCUGGCAGGUCGAAGUCCAAGGGAUGACCGGUGGCUGUUGGUGGCACUGCUGGUGCCAACAUGUGUCUUCUUGGUGGUCCUCCUUGCACUGGGAAUCGUGUAUUGCACCCGCUGUGGCCCUCAUGCUCCUAACAAACGUGUCACCGACUGUUAUCGCUGGGUCACCCACGCUGGAAGCAAGAGCCCUAUGGAACCUGUGGCCCCCCGGGGCAGCCUCACAGGGGUGCAGACCUGCAGAACCAGUGUGUGA